AUAUUUAAAUGAAAAUGUCGGCAAAAUAUGAGCGAUACUGUGUCCAUGUUGACGCUGUGAGAGUAGGCCCUGAUUUAGCUGAACUAGUAAAAAACACUCGUUCAAAUGGUGUUAUUAGACAUUGAACCACGCAACAAGAGAGGAGAAAAAGGAGACGAACUUUAACUAAACAAAAAACGUCGGAUAUAGUUUUUGACUGGCACGUGUUAGUCAAUGGGGCUGAUUCAAAUUAAAAAACUCUUAUUCAUCUACCUUUAAUAUUUUUAAUAAAACACCGGAUGGACAAGGGUGCUUUGAAUUGCGUUGGAAAAAAAAAAAAAAAAAACAGUUCAGUUCAAACUAUUUUAAAAUAAAUUUUGUUAAAAUAAUAUUAAAAUCGAAAAAACCAUCAAAGUCCCAUCAAGCACCGCACAAGUCAAUUAUUAACGCAUUUUCCUACGAGCGACAAGCAAUAAAUCCUCAUUUUCCUCUCCGACACAGCUUGAAAGAUCACUUGAGCCGCGCGCAGCAUCGAAUUAAAUCAACCGGAAAACCAAUUGAUAAUCUUUGUCGGCGGAGGAAUGGGAGAAAUGCAAUUGUAUGGUGUCGCUCUCUUCCUCUGCUUCUCUGUUUUCCUUCUCAAGUUCUUUAUUCUGCCCAAACAAGGAAAUUCCAAAAAUCUACCGCCAAGCCCGCCUGCGUUUCCGAUCAUCGGCCAUCUCCAUCUCCUCAAGGACCCAAUUUUCCUCACGCUCCACUCUCUCUCUCAGAAAUACGGAUCCAUUUUUCAUCUCCGGUUCGGGACUCGCCCGGUCCUCGUAGUCGCCUCGCUCUCGGCCGCCGAUGAGUGCUUCUCCAAAAAUGACAUUGUUUUCGCCAACCGCCCCCGCCUGCUAGUCGGAGAACACCUCCACUACAACUACACGACCAUGCCGUUGGCCUCCUACGGCGACCACUGGCGCAGCCUCCGCCGUCUCACCACUCUCGAGAUCUUAUCGACGAGUCGAGUCGGCAUGUUCGCCGGCCUUCGGCGAAAAGAGGUCCAUCUGCUGCUGAAGCAGCUGUGGGAGAUGAGCCACGGCGGGAACAAGUGGGCUAAGGUAGACGCGAGGUCAACAUUUACGGAUCUGUCACUGAAUGGCAUCCUGGGGAUGAUCAGCGGAAAGCGUUACUACGGGAGUGAUGUGACGGAGUUGGAAGAGGCUAGGGAGUUCCGGGAAAUUUUCAAGGAGUAUGUGGAUCUUCACGGGAGCUCGAACGUGGCGGACGCCUUCCCAGCGGUGCGGCGGGUGAGUUUUGUGGGAGGAGUGGAGAAGAGGAUGAAGAAGGUGAUGGAAAAGGUGGAUGGGUUCUUGGAGCACCUAAUUGAUCAGCAAAGAGAAGCAAGGAGCAGAAGCGAGUCAAAGCAAAAGAGGACUUUGAUCGGUGAGAUGCUGUCACUGCAAGAGUCUGAGCCGGAAAUGUACAGUUCCCGGAUCAUCAAAGGCGUUAUCCUGACAAUGAUGGUUGCUGGAACUGAAACAUCAUCAACCACCUUGGAAUGGGCAAUGUCUCUACUAUUAAACCAUCCAAAUGCCAUGGAGAAAGCAAGAUUGGAGAUGGAUGCCACUGUUGGCCUAGAACGCUUGGUAGAUGAGCAAGACCUACCCAAGUUGAACUACCUUGAGAACAUAAUCAAUGAAACCCUGCGGUUGUUUCCCCCCGUCCCGCUUCUAAUACCACACGAAGCAUCCACAGAUUGCACCGUGGGGGGCUUCCAUGUUCCGCAGGGCACCAUGCUAAUGGUUAACUUGUGGACCAUUCACAGGGACCCUGAGCAGUGGGAGGAGCCGAACAGUUUCAUGCCGGAGCGGUUUGAAGCGUGGGGAGGUGAAGGGUGCAAGACAAUGUUGCCUUUUGGUGCAGGAAGGCGGGCGUGUCCUGGGGCAAGUCUAGCUAGGAAAAUGUUGGGGCUGACACUUGCAGCUUUGAUUCAAUGCUUUGAGUGGAAAAGGGUUGAUGAGCAAAAGGAGAUCAAUAUGGAGGCAGAGGGAAACGCGUUUGGGAUGCCCAAGGUUGAGCCGUUGGAGGCCUUGUGCAGGCCACGCACAGCCAUGACGGCCCACCUCUCUCAACCAUGGUAGGUGUAUUUAUAAAAGAGUAAGGUAAGUUCUUACCUGAUUAGUUAAUACAGAAAGGAAACUCUUCAUUGAGGAUAUCUUUUCUACAUAUAGGAAGCUAGUUUUGUUGGAAGUAAAACCCUAUUUUUUUUUUAAUAAAUGAGUUGUCGUUUAUAAGUACGUUGUAUUUUUCUUUUUGGUGUAAACUAUGAAUGAGAAGAUAGAAUUAAUGUAAGAGGCUCUCGGAAUAAAGAGGGAUUGAAGAAAAA